CGACGGGAUCUGCAGUCAGCCUUGGCCGUUCUUCCUUUCAUUCCCGUAAUCCGUCUGCGUAGGGUGUGCUCCGGAGCUAGUCUCGGCACACAUUUUAAUAUUAUGAAACAAACCAAAAGCUAGAGAGCACACGCAGACAUAUUUUUAUAAGAAAAAAAAAAUCGGUGAAGCAGGAUUUGAUUUGCCAACCCAAGCAAAAGCUAAAGAAGACGCUGCCCUCGAAAAGAACGAAAGACGGAACGAGAGGAACGUUAGCAAGAUAAGCAACUAGCAUCAUUGUCGAAGCGUGGGCAGUUGACCUUAAACCGUUGAUUAUAAAGGAGUUUGUCUUUCAUACUAUUAUUUGAUAGACAAAUUUUCUAACUUUGACAACAGUCUGACCAUACAAUUUACUGUGAACGAGCUGACAUUUCUAAAUAGUGAAUUCCGUGAGCCAUAUCGUUAAGGCCACGCUCCGACAUUUUGCUAAUUAAGCCAAGUAGCCCACGUUAGCCGCUGAGACCCUUAUUAUCCGCAUUCUCGUUGAUUCUAUCAAGGAAAUAUCGAAAACACGACUCGUAUUUUGACUGCCGCUACGAAACCCUAAGAUUAUCCAACUUUUUACCGGAGCGACUGAAGAAAAAAAUCGACGUCAACCAUGAAUCCUAGCGCACCUAGCUACCCAAUGGCCUCCCUCUACGUCGGGGAUCUGCACCCAGACGUGACCGAGGCCAUGCUGUACGAGAAAUUCAGCCCGGCCGGACCCAUCCUCUCCAUCAGAGUGUGUAGGGACAUGAUCACCCGCCGUUCUCUUGGCUAUGCCUACGUGAACUUCCAGCAGCCCGCUGACGCUGAGCGAGCCCUGGAUACCAUGAACUUUGAUGUCAUCAAGGGAAGGCCUCUUCGCAUCAUGUGGUCCCAACGUGACCCAUCCCUGAGGAAAAGUGGAGUGGGAAACAUCUUCAUCAAGAACCUGGACAAAUCCAUUGAUAACAAAGCCCUUUACGACACAUUUUCAGCUUUUGGAAACAUCCUGUCUUGCAAGGUGGUUUGCGAUGAAAAUGGCUCAAAGGGUUACGGCUUUGUGCAUUUUGAGACCCAUGAGGCUGCUGAGCGUGCCAUUGAGAAAAUGAAUGGCAUGUUGCUCAAUGACAGAAAAGUAUUUGUGGGCCGUUUCAAGUCACGCAAAGAGAGGGAAGCAGAGCUUGGGGCGCGUGCUCGAGAGUUUACCAAUGUUUACAUCAAGAACUUUGGAGAGGACAUGGAUGAUGAGAAGCUGAAGGAGCUGUUUGGCAAUUAUGGGCCCGCGCUCAGCGUCAGGGUGAUGACUGAUGAUACCGGCAAAUCAAAGGGAUUUGGUUUUGUCAGCUUUGAAAGACAUGAGGAUGCACAGAAGGCUGUUGAUGACAUGAAUGGUAAAGAACUGAAUGGAAGGCAGGUUUAUGUUGGCCGUGCACAGAAGAAAGGAGAGCGUCAGAAUGAGCUGAAGCGCAAAUUUGAGCAGAUGAAACAGGAUCGCAUGACCAGAUAUCAGGGUGUCAAUCUGUACGUUAAGAACUUGGAUGAUGGUCUUGAUGAUGAGCGUCUGCGCAAAGAAUUCUCUCCAUUUGGAACCAUAACAAGUGCAAAGGUCAUGAUGGAAGGUGGUCGCAGUAAAGGCUUUGGCUUUGUGUGCUUCUCCUCACCUGAAGAAGCCACUAAAGCUGUAACUGAGAUGAACGGCCGGAUUGUGGCUACAAAGCCGCUGUACGUGGCUCUGGCUCAACGGAAGGAGGAGCGUCAAGCUCACCUCACCAACCAGUAUAUGCAGAGGAUGGCUACUGUCCGGGCUGUGCCCAACCCGGUCCUCAACCCCUACCAGCCUGCUCCGCCUUCCGGGUAUUUCAUGGCUGCCAUCCCUCAGGCCCAGAACCGUGCAGCGUAUUACUCUGCCAACCAGCUGGCUCAGCUUCGUCCCAGCCCACGCUGGGCCACACAGGGAGUGCGUCCUCAGCAUUUCCAAAACAUACAGAAUGCCAUGCGUCCAUCAGCACCUCGACCCCAGACCUUUAACGCCAUCCGUGCGAGUACCGCCACCAACACCCAGGUCCCGCGCAUGAUGGCAUCUCAGCGUAUGCCCACCCAGGCGCUCAGCCAGCGCCCUGCUGCUGCUUCAGCCACAACCGCCCCAGUCCGUGCCAUGCCCCAAUACAAAUAUGCUCCUGGGGUGCGUAACCCCCAGCAACAUAUGGCCUCUCAGCAACAGGUCCCCAUGCCACAGCCUGCAGUCCAUGUCCAAGGCCAGGAGCCCCUGACGGCCUCUAUGCUGGCUGCUGCUCCCCCCCAAGAACAAAAGCAGAUGCUGGGUGAGCGCCUGUUCCCCCUGAUUCAGAACAUGCACCCCAGCCUGGCAGGCAAGAUCACCGGUAUGCUUCUGGAGAUCGACAACUCUGAGCUGCUCCACAUGCUGGAGUCUCCAGAGUCCCUGCGCUCCAAGGUGGAUGAGGCUGUUGCUGUGCUUCAAGCCCACCAGGCUAAAGAGGCCGCUCAGAAGUCCACCACUCCUGCUGGUGUUCCCAGCGUCUAAGAUUGAGCAUUUUGAAACCUGCUUCACCGAUGAAAAAGAGAAAAAAAACUUAAACAUCGAAAAACCUAAAACACAGAAAACAUCGCAAAAUGAUAAAUUAUUUCUUUAAAAAAAAAAACAAUUGACUUUGCCAGGUCUAGAGAUGGUUUGACUAGACCUUGAUCAUACAUAAAAAUUUGUUGAAAAAAAUAGCAAAAUAGAGAAAAAAAUUGAUACAUUUAAAAACAUUCUUCUGUUUUAUGUCAUUUUACUGUCAGUGCUCAGAAUAUCAGCCAUGUUGAGGAUGAUUGGAGCUGAGCGAUUUGGAAGGUGAUUUGUAAUGUAAACUACUGGAUCUAAUAAAUUGUCGUUCAAACAUU